AGGAGACGUGGCGGCGGUUGGGCCCCGGGCUCCCUGGGUGCUUUGUAGUCCCGCCGCCUCCUCCUCCUCCUCCACCUCCUCCUCCUCCUCUUCUCUUAGGGCAGAGGAGGCUGUGGCGGCGGCUGGAGAAAGCGGCGGCGGAGGAUGGAGGAAGGAGGCGGCGGCGCGCGGAGUCUGGUUCCCGGCGGGCCGGUGUUACUGGUCCUCUGCGGCCUCCUGGAGGCGUCCGGCGGCGGCCGAGCGCUCCCCCCGCUCAGCGAUGAUAUCCCUUUCCGAGUCAACUGGCCCGGCACCGAGUUCUCUCUGCCCACAACUGGAGUUUUGUAUAAAGAAGAUAAUUAUGUCAUCAUGACAACUACACAUAAAGAAAAAUACAAAUGUAUACUUCCCCUUGUGACAAGUGGAGAUGAGGAAGAAGAAAAGGAUUACAAAGGUCCUAAUCCACGAGAGCUUUUGGAACCACUAUUUAAACAAAGCAGUUGUUCCUACAGAAUUGAGUCCUAUUGGACUUACGAAGUAUGUCAUGGAAAACACAUUCGGCAAUACCAUGAAGAGAAAGAAACUGGUCAGAAAAUAAAUAUUCAUGAGUACUACCUUGGGAAUAUGUUGGCUAAGAACCUUCUGUCAGAAAAAGAACGAGAAGCAGAGGAAAAGGAAAAGUCAAACGAGAUUCCCACUAAAAAUAUCGAAGGUCAGAUGACACCCUACUAUCCGGUGGGAAUGGGAAAUGGUACACCUUGUAGUUUGAAACAGAACCGGCCCAGAUCAAGUACUGUGAUGUACAUAUGUCAUCCUGAAUCUAAGCAUGAAAUUCUUUCGGUAGCUGAAGUUACAACUUGUGAAUAUGAAGUUGUCAUUUUGACACCACUCUUGUGCAGUCAUCCUAAAUAUAGGUUCAGAGCAUCUCCUGUGAAUGACAUAUUUUGCCAGUCACUGCCAGGAUCGCCAUUUAAGCCCCUCACUCUGAGACAGCUGGAGCAGCAGGAAGAAAUACUAAGGGUGCCUUUCAGGAGAAGUAAAGAGGAAGAUUUGCAGUCAACUAAAGAAGAGAGAUUUCCAGCAAUCCACAAACCCAUUGCCAUUGGCUCUCAGCCAAUGCUCACUGUUGGAACAACUCAUAUAUCCAAACUGACAGAUGACCAACUCAUAAAAGAGUUCCUUAGUGGUUCUUACUGCUUUCAUGGGGGUGUUGGUUGGUGGAAAUAUGAAUUCUGCUACGGCAAACACGUACAUCAAUACCAUGAGGACAAGGACAGUGGGAAAACCUCUGUGGUUGUAGGGACGUGGAACCAAGAAGAGCAUAUUGAAUGGGCCAAGAAGAAUACUGCUAGAGCCUAUCAUCUUCAAGACGAUGGUACCCAGACAGUCAGGAUGGUGUCCCAUUUUUAUGGAAAUGGAGAUAUUUGUGAUAUAACUGACAAACCAAGACAGGUGACUGUAAAACUAAAGUGUAAGGAGUCAGAUUCUCCUCAUGCUGUUACUGUAUAUAUGCUGGAACCUCACUCCUGUCAAUAUAUCCUUGGAGUUGAAUCUCCAGUGAUCUGUAAAAUCUUAGAUACAGCAGAUGAAAAUGGACUUCUUUCUCUCCCCAAUUAAAGGACAUGAAAAUGGGGAGGAAACUGAGAUCACUGAAAGUCAGAUCUCUGUCUGACCAUGUGUCUCACAGAGUUCUAAGCCAUUGGACCUCAUCUAAAGGAUCAUAUAAAAGGACUCUCAACCACUUUGUGAAUGUAUAUGUGUAUAUAAGAGGUUAUUGAUAAACUUUUAAGGUGACAUUUGUCUCACUUUUUUCAUUUUUGUUGUAUGUUAUGAACUGAUUGUAUUUUUUUCUUUGCUUGAAUAAUGUGAUUCCAAAAUAAAUCUCAUCCAAGCAAUAUAGAGUCCAGCCUAGUCAAAUGUCAUAAUCAUAUCUAUUGAAACCUUUUAAGUUAUAGAUUAAUUAUGUAAAUUAUAUAUAACUAGCUAAUGAAAAAACAAAUUGACAGAAGGUUGUUUAAAUGAGAAACCAUGUAAAAUGUGUAAAUUAUGGUGCCUGAAAUCCUUUCAACAAAUUUUUAUAUAGCAGCUGCUCUCUGCCAGGCAUUAAACUAGGAAAUUGGGCACAACGUAAAGCCUCACUGGGAGUUUUCUUCCUCACUGUUAAUCUCAAGAGAUUCUUAUUUGUAAUAGGUUGCUUCUUUCCCAGAACUUUCAUCUGUUUUUUUUCCUUUUUUGUCAUAUGUUUUCUCCCAGAGUGUAUAUCUGGUGUGGACAGUUGAUGAUCCUUUGAUUCAGAUUGAUUCACCCUAAUAAAACACAGUGUGCUGGCCAGCCAUUGUAUUUACUACUGUAUGCUUCAGAUUUUAGUUCUGGAAAAUUUCACAGCACAAUAUUUAUUUUCAAGUGAAUAAAAUGUUCAUAAGCAGUGUU